AACUUUCGCGCGCAAAUGUACGAGUUGCCUGCUGUAAUUUGUGGUGUUUGAACGUGUUUUCUAUUGUACACAAAAGUUUGCAGAAAUAAAAUCUAAUUUUACAAGGAUAUUUUGCGUUGACAAUAAUCAGAACUACUUAACAAGAUGUCUGACAAUCCUAGCUCUCCGCCACCGAACACCCCGAGCGACAUUGAUCGCCGGAAUAUGCGGGCCGCAAUGACCUCUCCGGUGGGUGAUUUUGAACCGUUUGAAAAUGAGGAGGAAAUUUUGGGCGACACCACCGUUCGGGAGGACAAUUACGACGAAGAUGAGGAAGAUGGGGAGGAGCUGUUCGGAGAUAACAUGGAAAAUGAUUAUCGUCCGGUUCCGCAUCUGGAUCGCUAUGACAUGGACCAGCUUGACCAAGAAAUAUACAGCGAUAUAUCGCAAGGCGAUCGUGCUGCCGCAGAAGCGGAAAUGCGCCGAAGAGAUCGCGCCGCAGGGAUUCAUCGUGACGAUCGAGAGCUGUUCUACGAGCGUAGCGACGAUGAAGACGACAUUCCAAGGGCUAAGAGACGUGCCGCUGAAAAAGCGGCCGAAGGUGAGGUUGAGGACACUGAGAUGAUCGAGUCUAUUGAAAACUUGGAGGACACCAAGGGGCACAGUAUCAAAGAAUGGGUGUCAAUGUUGGGCCCUCGCACGGAAAUUGCCAAUCGAUUCAACAGCUUCUUGCGAACGUUCGUCGAUGAUAAGGGACAGUACGUUUACCGGGAUCGCAUCCGUCGAAUGUGCGAGCAGAACAAAUCCAGCUUUGUCGUAUCUUACACGGAUGUGGCCAAUAAUCAACAUGUGUUGGCCUACUUCUUGCCGGAAGCGCCAUUCCAAAUGCUCGAAAUUAUGGAUAAAGUGGCCAAGGAAAUGGUUCUGAGCAUUUACCCUACUUAUGAACGAGUGACGAAUGAGAUCCACGUUCGCAUCUCCGAUUUACCGUUGGUUGAAGAGCUGCGUACUUUCCGAAAGCUUCACUUGAACCAAUUGGUUCGGACGCUUGGAGUUGUAACGGCAACAACUGGAGUCCUGCCGCAAUUGUCCAUUGUUAAGUACGAUUGUGUUAAGUGCGGUUACAUCCUGGGACCAUUCGUCCAGAGCCAGAACACAGAAGUUAAGCCAGGUUCCUGUCCUGAGUGUCAAAGCGCAGGACCGUUCUCGAUCAACAUGGAACAGACCUUGUACAGAAACUAUCAAAAGAUUACCUUGCAAGAGUCACCGGGACGAAUUCCGGCCGGACGUAUCCCUCGAAGCAAAGAUUGUAUCUUGUUGUCCGAUCUUUGCGAUCAAUGCAAGCCAGGAGAUGAAAUUGAGGUGACCGGCAUCUACACCAAUAAUUACGACGGAUCUCUUAACACCGAACAGGGCUUCCCUGUAUUUGCAACGGUCCUGAUUGCCAAUCAUCUGGUAGUGAAGGAUAGCAAACAGGUCGUUGCUUCCCUCACCGACGAGGACAUUUCCACGAUUCAAAAGCUGAGCAAAGAUCCUCGCAUCAGCGAGCGCAUUAUUCAAAGCAUGGCACCUUCUAUUUACGGCCACGAUUACAUCAAACGAAGCUUGGCCCUGACCUUGUUUGGCGGAGAAGCUAAAAAUCACGGAGAGAAGCAUAAACUUCGAGGCGAUAUCAAUAUCUUGAUCUGCGGCGAUCCCGGAACGGCAAAAUCGCAGUUUCUCAAGUAUUCGGAAAAGAUUGCUCCACGUGCCGUGUUCACUACCGGACAGGGAGCCUCGGCUGUUGGUUUAACGGCUUACGUGCGUAGAAAUCCGGCCACGCGUGAGUGGACCCUGGAGGCUGGGGCACUCGUCCUCGCGGAUCAGGGUGUCUGCUUGAUCGACGAGUUUGACAAAAUGAACGACCAAGACCGGACCUCAAUCCACGAAGCCAUGGAACAGCAGUCGAUUUCCAUUUCCAAGGCCGGCAUCAUCACUUCCCUGCAGGCACGGUGCGCCGUAAUUGCCGCAGCCAAUCCAAUCGGCGGUCGGUACGAUCCCAGUUUGACCUUUUCCGAGAACGUCAACCUGUCCGAGCCGAUUCUGUCGCGUUUCGAUAUCCUUUGCGUGGUGAAGGACGAGUACGACCCGAUGCAGGAUCAGCAUCUGGCGCGGUUCGUUGUCGGUUCGCACAUCAAAAAUCAUCCCACGAUGGACGACGUCGUGCCGGAGUCGCAACCCACCGACAGCCUGCAGAUCCCGCAGGAUUUGCUGAAGAAGUACAUCGUUUACGCCAAGGAGAACGUCCAUCCCAAGCUGACGAACAUGGACCAGGACAAAAUAGCGAAAAUGUACUCCCAGCUGCGUCAGGAGUCCCUGUCCACCGGAUCCCUGGCCAUCACGGUUCGACACAUUGAAAGCGUUAUCCGUAUGUCGGAGGCACACGCCCGCAUGCAUCUGCGCGACACGGUGCAGGACGUGGACGUCAACAUGGCCAUCCGUAUGAUGCUGGAGAGUUUCAUCGAGGCUCAGAAGUUCAGCGUCAUGAAGAAGAUGCGCUCCACCUUCCAGAAGUACCUAUCGUUCCAGAAGGAUCACUCCGAGCUGCUGUACUUCUAUCUGCGUCAGCUGACGAUCGAUCAGUUGGCGUACAUUCGCAGCAAAGAAGGACCUCGGGCGACUCGGGUGGAAAUUAUGGAAAAGGAUCUCAUCGAACGUGCCAAGACUGUCGACAUCCACAAUUUGAAGCCAUUCUACGACAGUGAGAUCUUCAAAAAGAAUGGUUUCGCUUAUGAUCCUAAGCGUAAAACCAUUUUGCAGAUUGUGCCUGAAGCUGGGGAGGCGUAGUUUUAAUGUUUUUUUGUCUAUUUUAAUUGCCCACCAUAUUGUACAACUGCUUUUUUUAAUAUAAGGUUUUUUUUUAUUCAAA